AAUUGACGUGACGCCAAUAAAUAAACUAAACAACACAACGCGCACAAAUUAAUAAUUAAAAUAAACUAAAACUAGAAAAUUAUAAUUUUGUAGUAAAUAUGGCAGGAGAAGUUGUUGUGGACGCAUUACCAUACAUCGACCAGGGUUACGAUGAUCCAGGUGUUCGAGAAGCGGCGCUGGCCAUGGUGGAAGAAGAAUGUAGAAGAUACCGCCCCACAAAGAAUUACUUAGAGAACACGGGACCCGAACCCAGCACAGCUUUCGAGACUCCAUCGCUACAAAGAGAAAUGGAGAGGGUUCAGCAACGGCUUCCUAUGGACCCUCUUUCUAUGAAACGAUAUGAGUUGCCCCCACCCCCAGCAGGCAGGCUCGGAGAACCAGGUGCCUGGGCUGAAGCCGUGGACAAUUCUCACGCGCAGCUCUCCCAUCAAGCCACGAGGGUGCUCAACUUGGAGCUGCAGUUAUCAUACGGCACUGAGGCCUGGAGGUCUUACCUGAACACGCUACAGGCUUUGGUUACGAGGUCGCAGAAUAUACACACACAGCUUAGGAAGCAAAUAGCUGCGGUGAACUGGGAGCGCAAACGGUCUCAAACGGCAAGCGGCGCUCGCCUCCGGGCACUGAGACGUCGCUGGGCGCACCUCGUGUCAGACAACUACCGCCUGGAGAGAGCCAUCAUGCAACUAGAGAUACAAUUACAGAAGGCUAAAGGGCAAGCCACAGCGGAGGAUGGUGAAGCUGCGGACAUGGAUACCUUGGAAGCUGUUAAGCUGUUACCAGACAAACUCAAUUCAGAGACUGAAAAAGAAGUACAGAAGAAGAUCGAAGAUAUGUUUGCGGAUUAGUGCAGUAUUUAGAAUAAUUUAAGUAUACUUUUAAAGGCUGUAUAGAAUUGUAAGUUAUUGAUGAUGAAUAAAACUAUGUGAAUAUUCAA